GCCCCGCCGCCCCCCAGCCCCGCUCGGCGGUGGGGGAGGCAGCCAGGGAAGCCAUUGCCUGUUUAAUAGUUGCUGUUGCAGCACUUCCGCUUCUCUCCCAGCGAGAGAGACACGAGUGGCCAGGCCCAGCCGCACCGAGGAGGAGCAGCCAGACACAAAGGGAGAGGUUGGGGUGUGUGGUGGGGGGGUCGCUAUGUCGGAUGACGAUUCGAGGGCCAGCACCAGCUCCUCCUCAUCUUCAUCCUCCAACCAACAGACAGAGAAAGAGACAAGCACGCCUAAGAAGAAGGAAAGCAAAGUCAGCAUGAGUAAAAACUCUAAACUGCUAUCUACCAGUGCCAAAAGGAUUCAGAAGGAAUUGGCUGACAUCACCUUAGAUCCACCUCCCAACUGCAGUGCUGGCCCCAAAGGUGAUAACAUCUAUGAAUGGAGAUCAACCAUUCUAGGACCUCCAGGUUCAGUCUAUGAGGGAGGUGUUUUCUUCCUUGACAUCACAUUUACACCAGAAUAUCCCUUCAAGCCUCCAAAGGUAACGUUCCGGACAAGGAUCUACCACUGUAACAUUAACAGCCAAGGCGUCAUCUGCCUGGACAUUUUAAAAGACAACUGGAGUCCAGCGUUAACCAUUUCUAAAGUUCUCCUCUCCAUCUGCUCCCUCCUCACAGACUGUAACCCCGCUGAUCCCCUGGUUGGAAGCAUUGCCACUCAGUAUAUGACUAACAGAGCAGAGCAUGACAGAAUGGCCAGACAAUGGACCAAAAGAUACGCUACAUAAAUUGGAUUUUCAUCAAACUCUUACAUUAUUUGUCUGUGAUGGAAAGAGCUGCUUAUGAUUUUGAAGGGGUGGGGGGAGGGAGGGUGCUGGUAAAGAGUAGGGUAUUUCUAUAACAGAUUUUAUUCAGUCUUUUAUUUCCUAAGAUUUUGUUGUUGUAACUUAAGGUAUCUUGCUACAGUAGACAGCUAGGAUUUGGAAUAGCAUACUUUAAGACUGUAAUUAGUUCAGCAAUAUUAGCUCACAUAUAGUACCGAGAAGAAUGUAAACUUCUUAGACUUCUUUGGUUUUCAGUUUGCUUGCAAUAUGUAAAAGAUUAAAACAGCUUAAUUUUGUACAGGUACAUAGAUUGACAUUUAUGUAAAAGUCCUUUCAAGACUCUACACACUGUUUUUGCUUUUUUUUGUUUGGGUUUGAGGGAUUUAUUUUGUUCUGGGUUGAGUUUCUUUUUUUUUUUUUUGUAAAAAGAUGUUGGGAUUGUUUUUCCCUAUGGAGGGCACAUUGGUAUUUAACAAAUCCUUUUUAAAGACUGUCAUCUCAUGAUCUGUGAUAUGGAGAGGUGGAUAUAUGGCCUCAUAUAUGAAAUGAGAAGUAGUUAAUGUAUUAUUUUAUAAGCCAAUCUAUCUUUGUGAAAAGAAUAAAGGGUUUAAUCGGGACUUACGGUAACCUGUAGUGAAAUACCUUAAGCUGUUUAACUGUAAGGUGUGGAAUAGGAGUCACUCAGUGGAUUGGUUGUAUGUUGUGGGCUACUUAAGUCUGCAUUUGUUACUGUGCUAAUAAAAAGAUGUUUAAAAAAAAAACAAAACAGAAGAAGAAAA